UCGCUAGGCGCCGCACACCGGCUCGACCCUAGGUUCCAAGUGGAUAGCCCUGAGUAACAGAAAAAAAAAGAGAAAAAGUCAUGUCCCACAUACUGGUCUCCCGGAUCGCCGCGACCGUCUCCAACUUCUGGAAGUUGGCGGUGCUCCUCCUCGUGCCAUUCCUUUUCUUGCCCCUCGUGCUGUACAUCGACACCAAGGAAUCAAGAUGUGCCUACGUGGUCUGUCUCAUGUCUACGUUCUGGAUGACGAACGCGGUUCCGCUGCCUGUCACGGCAUUGCUUCCCGUUGUCCUGUUUCCGCUGUUGGGCGUACUACCGACGGACGAAGCCUGCUACCCUUACCUUCAGGAAACAAACAUGCUGUUUAUCGGUAGCCUAAUCAUGGCGAUGGCUAUCGAACAUUGCAACGUCCACAAGAGGAUAGCCCUAAGGGUGAUGCUCUGCGUUGGAACGAAUCCUAGGUGGAUCAUGUUGGGUUUCAUGCUGACCACCAUGUUCAUGUCGACUUGGAUAUGCAACACGGCCACCACGGCCAUGAUGAUGCCCAUUGUGGACGCCGUCCUUGCCGAAGUCAUCGACGCCGAAUACGAUCCACUCAUGCUCGCUGAAGUCGGAGGCGCCUGCGACACUGAAAAAGGAGGCCAAAAACCACUCAACCGCAGCACCAGCACGGAAAGCUCCGGAAAAAAAGAAAAGUCCGUGUCGCCUGUCAGCCGCUCGUGCAGCGUUCGCAGCGAGGAUGUCGCCAAGCAGAAAGCCCAGAGGACGCUGAGCAAGAGCCUCUACCUCAGCGUGGCAUUCGCGGCGAACAUCGGAGGCACGGCAACACUCACCAGCGCCGGGCCUAACUUGAUUCUGAAGUUCGUAGUCGAAGAAUUUUACGGUGGCCUCCCGCCCAUCGACUACGCGAGCUGGUUGGUGUUCUCGACACCCGGAGUGGUCAUCAGCGUCUUCGUGGUCUGGGCUGCGUUCCAGCUUCUCUACCGGAACACCGGUGCCAUUGGACUCGAGAAGAAGGGGCAUGCAGCGAAGAAGGUCAUAAACAAGAAAUACGACGAGCUUGGUCCAAUGAAUUUCCACGAGUUUUCCGUGCUGGUGAUGUUGGCGACCCUCGUGCUCCUGUGGAUGUUCAGGGACCCACAUUUCGCGAGAGGCUGGGCCACGUUCUUCGGUGACCUGAAGCCCAAGGACGCCACGGCGGCACUGUUUGUGAUAUUCUUUCUCUUCGUGAUCCCGGCGGACCCGCGCAAAAUCGGCACCAGCCCGACCUUACUCACCUGGGACGUGGUCCAAAAGCGCCUUCCGUGGGGCGUCGUCCUACUCAGAGGAGGCGGAUUUGCUAUGGCCGAAGCGACAAACGUUUCCGGUCUUUCGAGGUGGAUGGGCCACCAACUCUCCUCGUUUGGCUUCAUGUCGCCGCAGUGCAUCAUAUUCGUCGUGUCCGGCAUCGUGGCCUUCAUCACCGAAGUGGUAUCCAACUCUGCCACGGCGACCAUCUUCUUGCCCAUCAUGGCGCAGCUGGCAACUGACCUCCACAUGAAUCCUUUGAUGAUCAUUGUGCCAGUUGCGUUGUCCUGUUCCUAUGCCUUCAUGUUGCCCGUCGGAACGCCAGCCAACGCCAUUGUUUCAAGUCAUGCCAACAUCUUCCCGGCUGAAAUGAUUCUCCCUGGUCUGGUGGUCAAGUGUAUCUGCAUCUGCAUUAUGCUGGUCAGCAUCAACACGAUCGGCAUCGUCAUCUUCGACCUCAACAACUUCCCCGCCUGGGCAGGAGACAUGGACGCAAACGGUACCCUGGCGGCCAUGUUGAAUGGAACGUUGGCUGUCAGUGGACACUAGGAGGCACAGCGGCAAUGUCGAAUGCGUGCCUCGCUGCUCAUGGACAUAUAGUGUCAUUGGCGUAACGCCGAUGAACGAUCGUCGAAGCUGGACUUCGGUGAUUACUUGGAGGCGAGGCGGAUACGUACUAUGUACAAAGAGUUAAGGGCGAGGAGAGCAAUGAGGAAGCGCCGACUGACGCAACUUCCGUUUUAUGGAAGAUGGGCGGGGCUUCCACAAACUUGCGGGUUGGCUGUAAGGUGCCGUUUCACGCGCUGCCAUCGAAACCGCUAGGCGCCUGUUCUGCGUUUUUAGUCCUGCAGAAAGGCGACGUUUUUGUUUUUUUUUUCUUGCGAGGCGCACAGAUCUAGCAAUUGGUGCCACUUCUAAACAACUUGAAGAUUGACGCUGUUGACUUGACAGCGCUCUUGGCGUAGUUUGUGCAAUUGAUUGUGAUUUGUCCCACUGUUUGAAUUGGUGCAAGCCAAACGCUAUUGUGCAUUCAGUUACUGUGAGCCGUGGUGACAUGUGAACCUCAAAAAAAAAACCAAAAACACACGAGAUUCUCGUCAUUGGCAGUGAAAUUCUGCAAUAAGCAUUUCACGUAUACUAUGGAAACUACAUUUCUUCAUUACUCGUGUGUAAUUAUAGGGCAAAUAUCACGGUACCCGGUCGCUAUGCAUUGCGCCGGAACGAUGUGGUGCCACUUCCCCAUAACAGUGCUUUGCAUAUUCUGGCAGUCGUGGUACAUGUCAUGCUCUGUGAGCUAUACAUCGGUGACUUUGUGUUUGUGGUUUCGAUGUAGGUACCGAGUUUAAAAGUAAGUGUGCAAGUACAAUUUAGGCGUACACAACAAUCGCAAGGACUAAUAUAAAAAAAA